GUUCCCCCUGGAGGACAAUUAAUACCAUUCUCUCGCCAUGCCAUUCCUUCGUCACGUCGCAUUUGCGCUCCUCGGUCUUUCUCUCGCUCCUUCAGCUCUCUCCUUUAGCCCUGGUUUUCCAUAUGGGUCCCAGAAAGUGCGCGGAGUCAACCUCGGUGGUUGGCUCGUUCUCGAGCCUUGGAUCACUCCUAGUCUUUUUGAUAACACAGGAAAUUCAGCAAUCGUGGACGAGUGGACUUUUGGCCAACAUCAGAAUCGUGUGGUAGCUGAAGCCACUCUUCAAACCCAUUGGAACACAUGGAUUACCGAGAGUGACUUUGCCAAUAUUGCUGCAGCUGGGCUCAAUCAUGUACGACUGCCCAUCGGCUACUGGGCAUUCGAGGUUGGCCCCGGAGAGCCAUAUAUCCAAGGGCAGCUUCCCUAUCUGCAAAAGGCAGUAACUUGGGCUGGCAAUCAUGGACUGAAACUCAUAAUUGAUCUGCAUGGUGCACCUGGAAGCCAGAACGGCUUUGACAACUCCGGGCAAAGGAUGUCGUUUCCGCACUGGCAGUCUAACCAGACUAAUAUUGAUCGAACCAACGCUGUCAUGAAAACUAUUGCGACUAUGUUCACAAGUAAUCCGAACGUUAUCCCUAUUAUUGCUCCUCUGAACGAGCCUGCAGGAUUUGAUGGUGCAGCUGUACUGAACGCCACACGUGACUAUUGGGGUAGCUCAUAUCAGAGUAUUAGAUAUCCUCAUGGACAGUCACAGUCACCAAGUAACAUUGUCGAGUUGAUCCAUGAUGCUUUCCAACCUCCUAGCUAUUGGAAAGGCUUCGAGGUAGCGCCCAACUUUCAAGGAGUAGCUAUGGACACUCACAUUUAUCAAGUUUUCUCUGAUUCUGAAGUCGCAAUGAGCUAUCAGCAACACAUUAAAACGGCGUGUCAAACUCAGUCAACCCUGUCUAGCUACGACCUGUGGAUUAUUGUUGGCGAGUGGGCCAGUGCCCCAACUGACUGUGCAAAAUAUUUGAACGGACGUGGUGUUGGCGCGCGCUACGAUGGCUCGUACUCCGGCUCCACCAAAGUGGGUAGUUGUUCUGGGAUGACUGGAAGCGCGUCAUCAUUCAGUUCAAGCUACAAAACUUUCUUGGGGCAGUUCUGGGAAGCGCAAGUGAUAUCGUACGAAAAGAGUGGCGAUGGAUGGAUCCAGUGGACGUGGAAGGCUGAGAACGCUGAUGAUUGGUCCUACGAGGCCGGCUUAGCAAAUGGCUGGAUCCCGAAAGAUCCAACGAAACUGCAAUACCCCAACAUAUGCAACUAGGCGGUGGAUAUUGUCCGUGCAUAAUAGAAACGGGAUCCAACUACGAACACUACUAGCUGAUUAUCAUCACUGCCUAACUGGUCUCUCUGAUCAGCUAUACAAAUAAUUAAUUUUUGUACCAUAAUGCCAAGUUGUACAUAGCAUGGCUUGCAACACAGUAAUCCAUCAGUUGAGCUAAAAUAGACAGGUUGGGUAUCAACAAAGGUCAGCGU